AUGUUCAGCCCCUGCCAAAAUGAGUUUUGCCUAAAGAAGAUUGUGACAAGCCCCAGACUUUUCUCAGAAACAGGUUUAUUUUACAAUUUAGAGGAACAAGGUAAAUGUGUAAAUAUUUAGUGCUGUCAAUUACUUCAUCCCGCAUAACUGACUUUCUGAGGGAAUUUGGGAACAUUGCUCUUUGCCCAGGCAUAGGAAUGUUGAGCAGUCCUGAUCCUGGCAACCCUGAAAUUAUCGGCUGGUAGAAUGUUUUCUUUUAAACUGUUGUUAGAAGUGUUUUUUUUAAUGCUUUUAGAAUAUAAUUAGUGAUAUUAUUGUUAAUGUGUUUGCCACCCUGGAAAUAAUAAUAGUAGUAUUAGUAAUAGUAAUUAUUAUUAAUGAUAAUAAUAGUGAUAAUGAAGGAAGCUGACAUUGGAAACUAGAAUUAUUAGAAGAAGAAAUAAAUGACAAAUAAAAAUAAUAAUAAUAAAGUAGCCUUGCCUUUGGUGGGCAGGGAAUGUUAAGACCAAGAAGAAUGUAAAGGGAAUGUGUGCCCAUUUUCAAGUUUGCUUGUUGGAAAUGUUUAUCAACACAUUUAAGGAGAUACGUGUUCAUUUUGCUUAUGGGAAUAGAAUUGCAUUUGGAGUUCACCAACUCUUUUCUUGUUCUAGAUUUUAUCAGUUGCUGUCUUGGAGCCAAAACGUUCUUUCUCCUCAUGAAAUUCAAGCAUCCAUUAAAGGUAAGGUAAAUCUGCAAACACACGCAGGGGAGGAUUAUCUGGACUCCAGUUUUUAGUUUUUGUGAAUUGCUUAGAGGCUCUGUUCACAACCAGGCAGUAUAUGAAUAAAAUAAACUAGUACUUUGUUCAGUAGAUGACUAAGGGAAUAUUUAGAUAGUGACAGCUGUGUUUAAAGAAAAAAGAAAAAAACAGUGCCAUCAAUAUAAAAACGUAAGAAGAGCUUGCUGGAUCAAGCUAAUUUCACUCUCCCCAUAGCAUUCAGAAGCAUUGCUGGGUUUUAUUGCCUCCAACUGUUUGAGGCAAUAAAGCCACAAGUAGCUUAUUUUCAGGUGAGAAACUAUUUGCAUGAAAUAUUCCCUAUGUAAAAUUAUCAUAUGAAACAGGAAGCAGUAGCUUUUCAUCUGCCCCCUCCCCCCAAGUGGGUCUUCUCUGACAUUUUCAACUUCCUAUGCAAAAAUAAGGGAAAAUUGCCUUGGGAUGCAAAGAGCCUUUAACACCAGGAGAAAAGGGAGGCAGAUUUCCUUUUUCCUGAAGUGGAGGAGGAGAUCCAUGGAUCUUCUGCUCGCUCCACUAGAUUUGACCAAUCAGAUUUGAACAAGUGUUCACGAGACUAAGAUAACAGUCCUUCCCUUUCUGUUCCUUCCUACCUAGCUCUGACAGGGGGCACUUCAAAGGGGCUGUCAUAUUUUAUAUUAGCAGCUGGGCGAGGGGAUUGCACCCACCAGACUAUUCAGUUUUCCUAUUUCUAUCCCUCUUCAGGGGGACGUAGGGUGGAAAGAGAAAUGAUUUUAAAAGAGAGAACAGUUUUUGAGAAAGUUUAAAUGGACUGUGGACACCGUGGCUACAAUUUUCUUGUCCAAGCAGGAGAAGACACCCCUGCAUUCUCAAUGGCUCUGAAAGGCGCUUGAGCGACACAGGCAGGGGAUGUUCGUGGAACUGAAUGCCCAGAGAGAAAAGAGUACCCAUGGAUAGUGUGAUUCUCUCCUCAGAGCUCAGGAAGCAAGGUGCACCUGUGGUGGUGUAAGCCCAGGGAGUUGGCUGAGCCCAACAUGAUAGGUUUUAAAAAACAAAAUGGGUUGGGAUAUCAGUUUAUAAGACUUGGAAGCUGGAGCUGCCUGAAGUUCCUCAGCUUCACUACCCAUUCUGUCUCAUUCAUACAUCACUAGCAUUGCUUUAAGGGGAAAAAAUAAAACACAGAAAUAAAGCAAAGCAGGCUGUUUGCUUACAGCUUCUACAUAUUCACAAGGAUGACUACAAAUUGUACACUAUAUGGUUGGAGCUACCUUUGUGGUCUCCUUGUGCAAGAAAGAGGGAGAAGAGAGUGAAUGUGCAGGAGGAAGGGGUGCAGCUUAGGUGGGAAACCACAAAGUAUAUUUUAUCCUGUAAUCUGUUACUCUCAACCCUUCCAUCUACUGACUGGAAACAUGCAAGGCUGCAUAUACACAGCACAAUGUUCUGUCUUCAAGACUAUUCCCAAAGAAAAAUCUCAAGUUCAGUUUUUACUAAAAUUCUUACAGGUUGGUUCCAGCUGCUAGUCACAUUUAAGGCCAGCUAUUUACCGUGCCUGUAGGAAUGUAAUCUCCCCACUACACUGAUUUGCUAGAAAUAUCCACAUAGCAUUUCCUUUUUUUAAAAAAAAUUAAAAAUAAUAUUUAUUACUUUUAAAAAUUACAGAAAAGGAAAAGAAAAGAAACAAAAGAGAGAGAACAAAGAAAGGAAAAAAAGAACAAUACAAUACAAUAUAUAACAAUACAAAACACAACCUAAUCACAUUGAACUAAACUAAACAAAACCCUAACCCUAAACAAAACAAAGCAAUAACCAUUUAAAAACAUAAAUCACACCCUUUCCAUACUCUAUUUUUCAUUCCCUUGUUUCCUCUACUUCCUCUCACCUCCCUUUUUGUAUUCCACUUCUUUUAAUUGUUUCAGCAAACCCUUUCCAUCUUUCUCUAUUUUCUGUCUUAUUAUAAAUAUCUUAACAUAUUUUUUAUCAUUAAAAACUAAAUACUCAUAUAUCCUUAACUCCUUAUAGCAUUUCUACUAAAGCCAUAAAAUUUCUUUCCACCAUUUUUCUAUCAUUCAUUAAUUUUGCAAUAUUUCUAUAUAUAAACUUUAAAAUCUCUAAUCUUCAUCCACCAUCUCCUCUCCCUGGUUUCGGAUUCUGCCAGUCCUUUCCGUCAAAUCCAUAUAGUCCAUCAACCUGGAGAUCUUAUGUCCGAGGCUCUUAAGUCUUUUCCAGGUCCCUUCUGCAGGUCUUCUUCAUAUUCUUUAGUGCCAAAAAGCAAAUCUCGAGAAAACUCCAACCUAGCAAUACUUUUAUUCCUUCUGGACAAGUCAGCCAAAUUUCCAUAGUUAAAGCUGAGGUCUAUAAGAUGUUUCAUGACAUGUUUCAAUAUUCCUCCAAGUCCCAAAGCCCCCAAAACUCCAGUCUCCUCCAAACCCAAGUCCAUGUCCCAAAAGUCAGUUAAUCCCUGCAUAGAAGGAUCUUUCCAACUUUCCUUCUUCCGUCCAAGCCGGGAUCCAAUCUUCAAAAUCUGACUUUUUCUAGAUUCAAUCGUAGAAGGCCUCAACUUGUAGUCCUCAAUUAUCUUCUGUAUGGCUGAAAAUCCCACUUGUAUUACUUUAGGCUCAGCCACCACAGCUUUCUCUUUCUCCUCCGCAAUCUGUCCAACCAAAGUAAUUUCUUGUGCCAAGUCCUGAAUUGUUCCACAUAGCAUUUCCUUUUCUUUCUUUCAGAUGGCUUCCAAGAGACUUGCAAGGAUGCUUGUUUUCACUAUGGCUUUGGUUUGUUUUCUCUGUUUAUAUGCCAAACUGGGCACUUUCGAAAUCUGCAUAUUCUGUGAGACGAAGCACGAGUUCUUUCCCUUUAAGAGAGAUGGACGUUUUUUAAGGAGGCCUCAUAUGAAUUGCAGACGGAAUCCACCAUUCCUGGUCAUUCUUGUGACAUCAUCUCACAAACAAUCCAAAGCCCGGAUGGCUAUCCGUGAGACAUGGGGCAGAGAAAGAAAAAUAGACAACAAACGUAUUGUGACCUAUUUUCUCCUGGGAAGUACUCUCACUGAUGUUGACCAGCGUGCUAUUGAUGAUGAGAACAAAAAACACAGAGACAUUAUCCAGAAGGAUUUUCUAGAUUCCUACUACAAUUUAACAUUAAAGACUAUUAUGGGCCUUGAAUGGAUUCACAAAUUCUGCCCACAAACCAGCUUUGUGAUGAAAACAGACUCAGAUAUGUUUGUGAAUACCUACUAUCUCACUGAACUUCUUCUACAGAAAAAUAAGAAGGUUAGCUUCUUCACUGGCUUUUUAAAAGAGAAUGAGCAUCCAAUACGAAAACUGAUAAGUAAGUGGUAUGUGAGUGAAGAAGAAUAUUCAGGAAACUUGUACCCUCCAUUUUGUUCAGGGACUGGUUAUGUUUUGUCUGCAGAUGUUGCUAGUAGUGUGUAUAAAAUUGCCAAAGAAGUUCCUUAUUUUAAACUAGAGGAUGUUUUUGUAGGCAUGUGCCUUGCUAAACUCAACAUCAAACUGGAAGAACUUCAUUCAGAACAAACAUUCUUCCCAGAGGGGCUUGUAUUUUCUGCUUGUCGUUUUAGGAAAAUUGUGACCAGCCACUUUGUCAGACCUCAUGAGAAUCUUAUCUACUGGGAGGCACUGGAGAGGUCCUUGGAUGAAAAUUGUCAUCCAGGGACCUAUCCAGGUGGCUGA